CAGCAGAAACCUUCUAACAAUCCACUGCUGGUAUAUGGGCAGCACUUUCAUUCAGCUCAUUGUAGCCUGUAUGCAGUGGGAGAUACAACAAAGAAAAGAGUAAACUUUUACUCCUGCAGUGGCACAAAAGUUUGCUGUCAAAAUGGAUGUCAUUCCCUUCUUCCAGAUAUCCUCCCAUCUUGUUUGUAUUCCUACAGAUAAACCAUGCUUACUUCGAUAGCAGUACAUGAUUACUUCUUAUUGGUAUUUUUAAAUCAGUCAUUGUAUAGUAACUUACUCAUAUUUCUUUGCAAGUCAAUGAUGGAUUCAACCCCUGCUGUCACAACCAUAAUGACUCUGGCCUCUCACUCGGACAUGUCCGGUUACUUGUGGAUCUUGAUAUUGGGCUUUGUAAUUGCCUUUGUCUUGGCAUUUUCUGUCGGGGCCAACGAUGUGGCAAACUCCUUUGGUACAGCAGUUGGUUCCGGGGUGGUCACCUUGCGACAGGCCUGUAUCCUGGCCACCAUCUUUGAGACAGCGGGCUCAGUCCUGUUAGGGGCCAAAGUCAGCGAGACGAUUCGAAAGGGUAUUAUUGACGUCCAGAUGUACAACGGCUCCGAGUAUGUCCUCAUGGCAGGAUCAAUAAGUGCAAUGUGUGGCUCUGCCGUGUGGCAGUUGGCUGCAUCAUUCCUGAGGCUCCCCAUUUCCGGAACUCACUGCAUCGUCGGGGCGACUAUAGGUUUUUCCAUGGUAGCCAGAGGUCACCAUGGUGUCAAAUGGAUGGAGCUACUUCGCAUUGUGGCUUCCUGGUUCCUAUCACCAGUGCUGUCAGGCAUCUUGUCUGGGAUUCUCUUUUUCUUUAUUCGCAAAUUCAUUCUUUUUAAGGCUGACCCGCUUCCAAACGGCCUCCGAACUCUUCCAGUGUUCUACGCCUUCACUGUGGGCAUCAACCAACUCUCCAUCAUGUUUACAGGAGCACCAAUGCUGGGAUUUGACAGGGUACCAUGGUGGUGCAUGCUAUGCAUCUCACUUGGAUGUGGUGUCAUCACAGCGUUAGUCGUUUGGCUUGUUGCCUGUCCACGCCUGAAGAGGAAAAUAAAACAAAAAAUAGUCGCUUCUCCCUGUGAGACUCCUCUGAUCGAGUUAAACCGUAAUCAACACACUCAAGUGGUGGACACAUCAAUACCCCGAUAUCCACAAACUCAGACCCAUCUAACAGACAGUCAAAAUGUUGCCUUCAAACUUGGAGGGUCAGAAGAAGCUGAUCUAGACAAGGAGAUCAAAGACUUCCAGGUCAAUAAUGGACUAGAUAGUAAUGUUGGUCCCAUGAUGAUCACAGACCCCCAUAAUGAACGACUACAUGCCAUCCAGAAAGACUCUGGUCUUUACAAGGACUUGUUACAAAAGCUACACAUGGCUAAGGUCGGUGACUGCAUUGGUGACAGUGACACAGAGGAGCGUCCUAUUCGGCGAAACAACAGCUACACCUCCUACACCCUGGCCAUUUAUGGCAUUCAGGGAGAAUCUAAGAACAAGGACAGUGACGACUGGAGGAGGAGGUCCAGAGUGGACAGCUACAGCAGCUACAAUUCAACACUGACCAAAGGAAGUUCAGUGAAGGAUACCAGCGUGGCACACGAGGCUGUUUGGGAGCAACCUAUUGAAGAAGAUGAGCUGGAGCUUGACCAACCAGUUGUUUCCGCCCUUUUUCAAUUCCUUCAGAUACUAACAGCGUGCUUCGGCUCCUUUGCACAUGGCGGGAAUGAUGUCAGUCUGUCUCUCUUGGCUACAGGCCUCUCUAAUAUUUUCAACAAUGCUAUUGGUCCUCUUGUGGCCCUCUGGCUUUUGUACGAAAGUGGUUCUGUUACAUCAAAUGCACCUACACCUAUCUGGCUACUUCUAUAUGGAGGAGUAGGUAUCUGCAUGGGACUCUGGGUAUGGGGCCGCAGGGUGAUUCAGACCAUGGGUAAAGAUCUUACCCCCAUCACACCAUCCAGUGGCUUCAGCAUAGAGCUGGCCUCGGCUCUUACAGUUGUUGUGGCAUCUAAUGUUGGGCUUCCUGUCAGCACAACACACUGCAAGGUUGGAUCAGUGGUAGCUGUGGGAUGGCUGCGUUCAAGGAAAGCAGUGGACUGGCAUUUGUUCAGGAACAUUUUUAUUGCCUGGUUUGUCACUGUUCCUAUCUCAGGUCUCAUCAGUGCUGCCAUCAUGGCACUCUUCAUUUAUGCCAUUCUGUGAUCAUAUUCUUCAAGGAGUGCAUUAUUAUCUCAAUCGAUAGGUGGCAGUUUUUGUUGAUAAGAAUAUUGCUCGAAGUUUGUCAUGAUUACUUACGAAUGUUGCUAUUACUGUUAUUGAUUGUAAUUUUAUAUUUAAAUUGAAAUGAAAUACAUUCACAGUGAAAUUCUGAGAUGCACCCUUUAAAAGGGGAACAUGUACAGCCUAUGUUGUAUCCUUGAGAUUAAGCAGAAGAUUGAGCAGAGGUUUUGAUUAAAACUGUCACAGAGGUAUUAUGUAUUAUUUUGAUUGUGAAAUGCAUCAUGUGGAAAGUACAAUAAAUGUAAUAUUCCUGUGACAACA